CCUGGGAUAAGCUGUAAACACUCACAUAGAAGAUGAAGAGGAGAGGGAAAAGGACGAAGAGGACGAGAGGGAGGAUGAAGAGGAGGAGAGGGAGGAGGAAGAAGAGAGGGAGGACGAAGAGGACGAGAGGGAGGAGGUGAAAGAGGAGGACAAGCAGGAGGAAGAGGAGGAGCGGGAGAAAGAGGAGGAGGACGAAGAGGAGGAUGAAGAGGACGAGGAGAGGGAAGAGGAGAGGCUGCUACAGGUUCUAACGGUUUGAUGCCUCUCCUAGAACAGCUUCUGCUGGAUGAGCCUGCUACAGGUUCUAAUGGUUUGAUGCCUCUCCUAGAACAGCUUCUGCUGGAUGAGCCUGCUACAGGUUCUAACGGUUUAAUGCCUCUCCUAGAACAGCUUCUGCUGGAUGAGCCUGCUACAGGUUCUAACGGUUUGAUGCCUCUCCUAGAACAGCUUCUGCUGGAUGAGCCUGCUACAGGUUCUAACGGUUUGAUGCCUCUCCUAGAACAGCUUCUGCUGGAUGAGCCUGCUACAGGUUCUAACGGUUUGAUGCCUCUCCUAGAACAGCUUCUGCUCGAUGAGCCUGCUACAGGUUCUAACGGUUUGAUGCCUCUCCUAGAACAGCUUCUGCUGGAUGAGCCUGCUACAGGUUCUAACGGUUUGAUGCCUCUCCUAGAACAGCUUCUGCUGGAUGAGCCUGCUACAGGUUCUAACGGUUUGAUGCCUCUCCUAGAACAGCUUCUGCUGGAUGAGCCUGCUACAGGUUCUAACGGUUUGAUGCCUCUCCUAGAACAGCUUCUGCUGGAUGAGCCUGCUACAGGUUCUAACGGUUUGAUGCCUCUCCUAGAACAGCUUCUGCUGGAUGAGCCUGCUACAGGUUCUAACGGUUUGAUGCCUCUCCUAGAACAGCUUCUGCUGGAUGAGCCUGCUACAGGUUCUAACGGUUUGAUGCCUCUCCUAGAACAGCUUCUGCUGGAUGAGCCUGCUACAGGUUCUAACGGUUUGAUGCCUCUCCUAGAACAGCUUCUGCUGGAUGAGCCUGCUACAGGUUCUAACGGUUUGAUGCCUCUCCUAGAACAGCUUCUGCUCGAUGAGCCUGCUACAGGUUCUAACGGUUUGAUGCCUCUCCUAGAACAGCUUCUGCUGGAUGAGCCUGCUACAGGUUCUAACGGUUUGAUGCCUCUCCUAGAACAGCUUCUGCUGGAUGAGCCUGCUACAGGUUCUAACGGUUUGAUGCCUCUCCUAGAACAGCUUCUGCUGGAUGAGCCUGCUACAGGUUCUAACGGUUUGAUGCCUCUCCUAGAACAGCUUCUGCUGGAUGAGCCUGCUACAGGUUCUAACGGUUUGAUGCCUCUCCUAGAACAGCUUCUGCUCGAUGAGCCUGCUACAGGUUCUAACGGUUUGAUGCCUCUCCUAGAACAGCUUCUGCUCGAUGAGCCUGCUACAGGUUCUAACGGUUUAAUGCCUCUCCUAGAACAGCUUCUGCUGGAUGAGCCUGCUACAGGUUCUAACGGUUUGAUGCCUCUCCUAGAACAGCUUCUACUGGAUGAGCCUGCUACAGGUUCUAACGGCGUUCCGUUCAGCCCGUGUCUUUAA